AUGAUGUUACUUUUGCGAAGACAGGUCUUCGAUUGUGGGACUUCUGGAAAUAUAGCGUAUAUUAGAAGAUAUUCGAAGUUUCGAGAUCCUAUAAGAUUAUGGGAUGAAAUACAGGAUCCUAAUACUACAAAAGACAAAACUACUCAAUUGUUCAAAAAAUACCUUAGAGAAACUGCUAAAGCGAAUCAGAUUUCAAUAGAAAAUCCAGAUCUUAAUAGAAUAUUAGAUGGAUUGAUACCUAAAGCUGAAAAUAAUGCUUCUAGAAGGGACAAAUCAUCUAUCCAAAGGGUUAAGGAAAUAUAUAAUAAUAUCAAGAAUAAAUCAAUACAAGAUGAUGAAAUAUAUCAAGUGAUAUCAUCUGUUGUUAAAAAAGAUCUUUACAAUAUUAUACUUCCUUCGAAGAAUACACAAUCUAAGAAGGAUCACAUCAAAACUAAACCUAAGUCUGCUGAUUUAAAGAUCCAUAUGAGUAGUCAUGGAAAAUUGAAUAAUAUUAUUGAUGAAUUGAAAAUAAAUCAAGAUGGUAGUGGUUUAUCCAAAAAUAUAGGUGACCCAUACGAUCUUAAUACAAAACUUGAUAUGAAAUUGGAGGCUAAUGAAAAUAAUAAUUUAAACUUGAAUAUAUUAAAGGGCUAUUUAGAAGAGACAGAGAUUAAACAGAAGCAAUUGAAAAAGUUUUCUUGGGAGGAAAAUAAGAAAUAUAAUUGGGAUACACAAUCAGAAAAAUUAAAUAGUAUAUCAGCCGGGAAUUUUCUCUUUGAUAACUCUUCAAAUCGUAUAGUCAAAAAGAUAUUAAGGAAAUCAAACUUCCUUGUUGACAAGCUUCCUCUUUUUAAAUAUAUCAGUAAUCAUAUUGAUUCGCCAACAGAAGAGUUUUUAAUAUAUGAUUUAAUCAAGGGAAAGGUCUUGAAAAAGGUGAAGUCCGAUGAGGAUACUAGCAUCUUGAUCAAUAUCAAUCGUCAAGAUCUCUUUGCAAUUAUUAAUGGAUCGAUGUUGCCGCCCGAAGAGGCUCUUAAAUUAAUUACAAAUAUAGAAAACAAGGGAUGGAAACUAAUGGGAAGCACUUCUCAUAAUAGUUCAGAUAUAAUCUUCCAGAGAAAUAUUGAUAAUACCUCCACCCCAGUUAAUAACAAGGGAAACAAGAUGUAUAAAAUAUAUUCCAUAAUAAUUGCAACUCUAGGUAUUGGAUAUUGGACAUCAACAAUCGCAUUUCAAACACAUGCAGAUAUGGCAAAUAAGCAAGAAGGAUAA